UGGAGGAGAAAAGGGAUAGGGGAAUUGUGGGGUGGGGAGCAGAAGCCCAGCACGUGGCAUCCCCUCGGCAUCAGCUGGGGCACCCCUAUUAAGCAGGCCCAUCGAACCUUCACCCUGACAAGGCUUACCCCCCUACACCUGGACCACUCUGAGCCCCCCCAUAUCCAGACCCCCACCCCACUGAUCCCCAACCAGCUGAACCUGAACCCCCACCCCAUCAAGACCCACUCCCCUGCCACCUGGAUGCCCCUCUGAGUUCCCCACACCCAGACCCCCCACCAAGCCCCAUCUCCCCACACCCAGACUCCCUUCCCCCACUGAGCCCCAACCACCUUUACCUGGAUCCCCUCCAGAGACCCAUUGCCCCUGCACCCAGAACCCCACAAGUCCCUGUGCAUCCAGAUCUCCCACUAAGCCACCUGCACCCAGAUUGCCCCACACAGAAACCUCUCACCCCACACCUAGAUCCCCCUCACACUAAGCCCCUCCACACUUGAAUCCUAGAUUACAAAAUUUAAUUUCCUAUUCAAGGGAUCAAUUUCCACUAUACUAUACAUAUCCUACUGCCUUAAUCACUAUAAAACACUACAUGUUAUUCCCCCCUUUGCCAAAGAGUAGCUGAAUUCCUGGCAUAGCAAUUCAGUUUCCCUCGUGGAGCAGAAAUUGAUGAUAUGGAGUCAUGUAUUUGUACAUAAAUUACACCAAAUGAAUACCUAAGUCCAGUUCCUUCAAACAAGGGUGAAGUAAGUGUCUUGCUCUUUCUUUCAAAGCUCUCACACUAAACUCACUGCUUAACCCAUACUUACUAGUUCCAGCCCCAAGCUCCUGCGUUUUUCACCUGGAAAACCCUGCUAGCCCCCAGACUGUAGGGGUUGAAUAAAUGGCUUGACUGUUAACCCCUCCUUGUUGAAGCUGCUGUGCAACACAGAGCUCAGAGGCCUAAUGAGCAUUCCUGGAAAUCGCAUACUCUCCGGGCAUUGUGUGAAACAGCGACGCUACCAAAUCUUGAGAGCGCGAGUGUUCCAAUCCCCUUUGCAACAGCUCUCUCUUUCCGGCAGUGCUGUGUGAUUUGUGAAAGUAGGCUAUGCAGCACUAUGCUCAGCUGGCUUGCAGCAUGCUAGACCCUGAGGGCAGUGUGGAGCACAGGGCUUCCUCCUCCUUCUCCAGAGUUUUUUUCAUCCCUCUAGCCAUGGUCCUUGCUGUAGCAACGCUGCUUUUCUUAGCAUUCGCCGCCUCGCAGCAGAAAGAGAACGAUUUUUAUACAUUUAAAAUGGUAAACAUCAGGGGCAAGCUAGUCUCUCUGGAGAAAUACAGAGGCUCGGUAUCUCUUGUCGUCAAUGUUGCAAGUGAGUGCGGAUUUACAGACAGCCACUACAAAGCUCUACAACAGUUACAGAGAGACCUUGGCUCACAACAUUUUAAUGUGCUGGCAUUCCCAUGUAAUCAAUUUGGGCAGCAAGAGCCAGACAGUAACAAAGAAAUUGAGAGCUUUGCCCGAAAGACUUAUGGUGCCACGUUUCCUAUGUUCAGCAAAAUUGCAGUCACAGGUGCUGGUGCUAAUGCUGCCUUCAAAUAUUUAAUUGAAUCCACAGGAGAAGAACCAACCUGGAACUUCUGGAAGUACCUGGUAGCCCCUAAUGGGAAAGUAGUAAAGGCUUGGGACUCAACUGUCACUAUUCAAGAAAUAAAACCUUACAUCACUGAGCUUUUGAGGAAAAUCCUCCUGAAACAGAAAGAUGAACUGUGACUUUCAAAAGUCCUAUCAUGUCUAUUAUACCUUGAUUGAUAAUUAGGACUGUAAUUUGACCGUUCGCAUUCCAAAAGAGGAAAUAGAGGGACAGGAAAUCAUUAUAACUAUUUGAAGUUUUCCCCAUCAUCCUAAGAAUACAGGAAACAAUAACUGAAUGUGGUAAAAGGUGAUUUAACCUAGGCUUCUGCUAUCAUUCUAAAGUGAUUGAGUUGAAUAUGUGCCUUCUUGGAAAGAAAAUCAGCCAUUUGUUUAUCUCACUAUCUCAAAUCAUCAAUUGUUGAUAUUAUGAAGAGCCAGUUAGGAUUUUUUUGGCAGCCAGGAUCAGUUCAGCUAGAAUUUCCUUAGAGAGACCUUACUAGCAACUGCAAUUCAUUUGUCAUGAUUUUGACCAUGAAUUUCAUUUAAAAAUGCAACCCAAAGUAGAACAGUGCACUUGGUGUAGUGUGGACACAGUUAUAAGGGGCAGGCAAAAAUAGGUUUCCUCAAAGCAGAUACACUUAUAAUAAUAUGUGUCUGCUUAGUUAUAAAGGACAGACACUUCACUCUCUAUUUGUGUCAUGUGUAACUGGGGGAGAAGGGCAUGGGGAGGCUUCAUCUAUAGAACUGAAAUGGAAGACAAAAUUUCCUACAAAAACGUUCUCCAUAAGUUUUGUGUGAACUGUCUUUAAAUUCUUUGUUUAAAAAAAGGUUGCUGAGUGACAUUAGUACAGUCUGUGUAAUUAAUUUGAACAUCUACAGGACCAGAUUCUCCUCUGGGUAAAUCAAUGUAGCAACACUGAAAUCAAUGAGUUAAGCUGAUUUAUCCCAGCUGAGAAUCUGCUCCUACUGUUAGGUUUCUUUUUUCAAAAUGUUUGUAUUGUGCUUCAUAUUUUGAGGUUUUGGGAGAAAGAACAAUACUCAUUUUGAGUCAGAGUUAAAGUGGCUGUGGUUGAGUUAAGGUGGUUUUGAAAUCUGCUGGCACCAUAUGAAUAAUGUGUUUAUUUUGUGGGCAAUAUAAGAUAAAUUAUGUCUUUGAUUAUUCACUUUUAAGUGCUUAGUUUUGAUAAAUGAUGUGAUAGCCAAGUCCUCUAUCACCCAGCAACUUGAAUUAUUUUUUACAGGUAGCCAAAUGAAAGACAGCAUUUUUAAACUUUUAAAUAAAUGGGAUUGGACAGAUUAUUAAAUUAAAGGAAUGAGUGGUGCUGUCCAAGUUUAAUGGCUUCUGUAGAGUCCUGCUUCAUUCAAAGCACACCUGACAAAGGCACACACAUUUACCAUAUAGCUAAGUUAGCCAAACAUGCCUAGCACAGGCUACCGCCUUGAAAACUGCUCAAAGAGUUAGAUCCUUGUCAGACAAAGGACUAGAAUCCACAUACUUAUGGCACUAAAUGCUUACUUCACUAGGGCACAGUGGUUCCAAGCCAAGUUACUGAACCUCUCAAAACCAUAGUUACCUGUUCUAAAAAUACAUGGCUAAUAAUAAUGGUUUGGCCCUACCUGAGUGCUGGUGUAAUUUAGAGCAGCCUUGGGGCUGCUCUGAUGUUUGAUCUGCUUCCCCAGGUCCCCCGUGGAACCUGGGAAGCAGAGACUAGCCAUAUAAAUAUAGAAACAUGUUCUCAAUGUACCCGGUUGCACACACUAAAUAAAUAAAUAAAUGUACCUUGUACUCUUGGCAGGUGGUUGUAGUGGUAUUGUGUGUGGGGCGGAAGGAGGAUUAGAGCCAGUCUGGCAUAAUCUGUGCCAGCUGGUGAGGCUCUUUAUGUAGGAUAUAGUCAACUCUUGGGUCAGCCAAAUAAACAAAUUAUCCUAGGUGAAACUCAAAGCACUUUACAAAGGUGGAUAAAUAUAAUUAUCCUCAUUUGGCAGACGGGUAAAUAAGAUGGGAGCAACAAAGAGGACAGGGAAUUUGCCCUAAAUAAUACAGUAGAGGCAGGAAUACAACACAAGGGGGCAGAUUCUCAACUGGAUCUGAGCUCUAGUCAGACACAUUGAGGCGGGGCCAAUAAAAUAGUGGUGGUGGAUCCCAGGCCACCUGGCCUCAGCACACAUUAGCGCUAGAAGAGAGCAAUCUAACUUAAGCUCGUGAAGGAUCAGACAAUGCAGCUCUGCUGUGUCAUGCAUGCCCUGCCCCUAGAAUGCCUCUAACCUAACUUUCCCCCUAUGCGUGGUGGUUGAGGGGUGGGGAGUGGAAGUUACAAGAGGAGGCUAAACUUUCUUUGCUGACUUUACACUGGUGGAGAGAUCCCCUGCCCAAGGGUAAUUGUCCACUAGCCAUUUCCAGCCUGGAAAAUCUGACCAAAGUUGAUUAACUGCCAGUCUACUGCCUUAUCCAUUAGGCCAUGCUGCCUUUUGUCAGAGUGUCAGAGAUACCUGAACACAAAGAAGUACUCUGAUAGUUAAUCCCAGGAAAGGGAACAUUCUGGGGAUCACUAUAUUUUAGGUGAGGAGAUGUGUGAUUUACAGUAUGAAAGACAAAUACAGCUAGAUGGGUUUUAAGAUACUGCUGGAGAAUGCCUUCUUUCUCACCCCUCUUCUUAGGAGGUGCACUUGCUAAAAUUCUCUCCAAAAUUAGACUAACAGCGCUCACAAAAGGACACUGUUGCUCUGCAUGAUAUUAGGUCACUUGGUUUCCAUGGAUGGUGUGACAGUGGCAGAGGAAAAAACUGGUACUCCAGAAUAAUAUAAAAGACUAAAGUGCAAUCAUUUGCAGAACAGAAAAGAGGAGCACUUUUCUGGUGCCAACAUGUGCAAAUCCAACUGUGUAAAACUGUUAGCUUUUCCCAGAAAGGGAUAAAAGAAAUCUUAGUUUCCUUGCAAUUAUAAUUUUAGUUAAGUGAUAAAGCAUGACGGGGAGUGGUUACUCUGAUAACAAGCAGCCCAAUGCUCAUUUCUUCCUUUUCCUCAGAGGUGUGACUCUUUCAGCAUAAAUUAAUUAUACUUUUAUUUGGGGAAUGAUUAUUGCAGAUGAACUCUGUAAUCCACACACUGUUCAUCCAGUCCUUAUAAACAGAUAUGCCACAGACUGCUCCUGAGAUCCAUGGACUUGUAAAUUGGAUGGUAAUUCCAAGUUAAAUUAUAAUCACUUUUUCUUGUCCUUAAUUAGUCAUACCAUUCUUUUUCAUGGUUUAUAUUACCAUAUGCAUGCCAGGUACUUUACAAAUAUAUCAAUAAAUAAGUUGCCACUAGAGCAGAAGAAAUGGUUCUUCUGUCCUGCAGGAGUUUUCUGGGUUUUUCUCAAAAUUGUUUGUGAACCAAUAAUCCUAAUAUCUAUCUAUCUAUCUAUCUAUCUGGAUCAAGUCAGUCAAAACAUUUUAUUUUAAUCAUUUGAAAAUGUUUUGUUCUGAUUUCAACAGGUCUUUUAGUAUAAAUGAACUAACAUUUCAAAAUGAAGUUAUUUUGAAUAAAAAACCAA